GGAGCCCGGUCCGCGAGCAGCGGCGGCGGCGGGAGGGACGAUGAGCGGUGCGGCGCGGGCGGGCCCGGCCCGGCUCGCCGCGCUCGCGCUGCUGACCUGCAGCCUGUGGCCGGCGCGGGCUGAUAACGCGAGCCAGGAAUACUACACGGCGCUCAUCAAUGUGACCGUGCAGGAGCCCGGCCGCGGCUCCCCGCUCACGUUCCGCAUCGACCGCGGGCGCUACGGGCUCGACUCGCCUAAGGCCGAGGUCCGCGGUCAGGUGCUGGCACCGCUGCCCAUCCAUGGAGUUGCUGAUCAUCUGGGCUGUGACCCUCAAACACGGUUCUUUGUCCCUCCAAACACCAAACAGUGGAUUGCUUUGCUGCAGAGGGGAAAUUGCACAUUUAAAGAGAAAAUAUCACGGGCUGCUUUCCACAAUGCAGUUGCUGUAGUCAUCUACAAUAAUAAAUCCAAAGAGGAACCAGUCACCAUGACUCAUCCAGGCACUGGAGAUAUUAUUGCUGUCAUGAUUACAGAAUUGAGGGGUAAAGAUAUUUUGAGUUAUCUGGAGAAAAACAUCUCUGUUCAAAUGACAAUAGCUGUUGGAACUCGAAUGCCGCCAAAGAACUUCAGCCGUGGCUCUCUAGUCUUCGUGUCAAUAUCCUUUAUUGUUUUGAUGAUUAUUUCUUCAGCAUGGCUUAUAUUCUACUUCAUUCAGAAGAUCAGAUACACAAAUGCCCGGGACAGAAACCAGCGUCGUCUUGGAGAUGCAGCCAAGAAAGCCAUCAGCAAAUUGACAACCAGAACAGUCAAAAAGGGUGAUAAGGAAACAGACCCAGACUUUGAUCACUGUGCAGUCUGCAUAGAGAGCUAUAAGCAGAAUGAUGUUGUCCGGAUUCUCCCCUGCAAGCAUGUUUUCCACAAAUCCUGUGUUGAUCCCUGGCUUAGUGAACAUUGUACCUGUCCUAUGUGCAAACUUAAUAUCUUGAAGGCCCUGGGAAUUGUGCCAAAUUUGCCAUGUACAGAUAACGUAGCAUUUGAUAUGGAAAGGCUCACCAGAACCCAAGCAGUUAACCGAAGAUCAGCCCUAGGUGACCUCGCCAGUGACAACUCCCUUGGCCUGGAGCCACUUCGAACUUCGGGGAUCUCGCCUCUUCCUCAGGAUGGGGAGCUCACUCCUAGAACGGGAGAGAUCAACAUUGCAGUAACAAAAGAAUGGUUUAUUAUUGCCAGUUUUGGCCUCCUCAGUGCUCUCACACUCUGCUACAUGAUCAUCAGAGCCACAGCUAGCUUGAAUGCUAAUGAGUGGUCACUUCUUUCAUCGGAACUCUCUGUCCCCUCGGAGCCUGGUGUAUGAAAGUGAAUUCUCCACAAUUGAACCUUCUUUGGACAUGUAUGAUGAGAACAAAACCUGAUUUUUUUUAAAGUGGGCUGUUGGGGGUCACCUCUUUUGUGAUUUGAUUUAUGAUCACCUUUCUUGUUUUGUAUUCUUCUGUCAGCAUCCAUUUUGGAAGAAUGGCAGUGCUUUCCAAGCACAGGUUGGGGCUCAGGGUUAAAUUGCAAAGUUCCCCCAAGGUGAGGCUUUGAGGACAGCAUUAUUGCCCAGGUGGCACUGAAAACUACCCACAGCUGGCCACUGUGCCCCAACCAGCCUGGCUGUUUCCAGAGAAGAGGCAGGGCCCAGGGGUUAAUGUUGCAUCACAAACAUGUCUUUGAAUAAUCACGUGCUAUUCCGUGUCAGGGUGAUGUUGGAGUUUUUAAAAUACCUUUUGUGCUCCCCACUUAUAAUGCAUACUAAAGCCUGCCGGCACCGCUUCUUACUGUUGUGGGGCCCCAAUUGCUGCUCCAAGGCCUGCUCUAUAUCUUCCUAUCUCUUAUUCUACUUCCUGUUAAAUGGCUUCUUUCUAAAGAUCCCUAAGAGAAAGCCUUGACUGUUGUCCCUCCUCGGAGACUGACCCAAGAGCAUGGCAACGGAGCUGUGGGCUGUGCAGGACGGGCAGUUGUCUGCAUUGUCGUUUCCAGCCUCUCCCCCAUAGAGCAUGACAUAGGUGACGCGUGCUUCGUGACCGCUGAAACGCAGACGGCCCUGUCCCUGAGGCCAAUGGCUUUGUCUUCCUGGCCACUGCUGGGAUGUGGGGGGGGGGGGGUGCCAGCAAGGCCAGUCUUCCCCAGGGCACAGUGAUCCAGGGUGACGGCCAGAGGGUGUCAAAAUCAUAAUGUUUGAGGGCUUUCUUGAGAAAAUCAAGCCACCUCCUUAUUGUUAGACACCAGAUAAGCACCCCGUCCAACCCAGGCCCCCCCUCCAGCCUGGGCAUCAGCAUGAAGCAGGUGUGGGAGCUUACAGAGAGACUUGGUGGCCAGUGUGGUGGGCAUCAGGGACACACACGCUCUUCCCACAUGCCUGGGAUGACAUCAGUUAACAUCACAAGAAAUGUGGUCCAACACAGGACCACGACGAGCAAGUAUACAGAACAAGUUACACAUCCUUUUUGCUCAAGGACACACCAUCGCUCAGCGUGUUUCUCCCAUUCGUGGGAGCCACGUAGAUAUGGAAAUGUCAAUCCUCAGACCCUUGUAUGAGAGUGGAAACUUCAGUUCCAUGUGCCUGAAGUUAGAUCCAGCAGCAAACCACGCAGACCUGCCCUGCUGUUCUUAUUGACUCUGUAGGACAGACGUGUGAGGUGAACACCUGCCAGUGGUCAUGUGUGGCUGGCUUCUAACAGUGUCUCCUCUCGUCAUGUGUGCUGAGAUGCCUCAGACGCAGUUGUGCCUGGAACAAAACCCCUCAGAGAACCAGAGUGUGAUGUCACCUCGGAGUGACCUGCAGAAUUUUAUUGAUAAUCGUUUGAGGCUGGAACAGUGAAGAUUUUUAAGGUCUUAGCAGCUUUUCCUUUUUUACUUUUAACAAAGGGCUUUUGUUGGUUGGCUUAUUUUCCUUUAUAUAGUCUUUGUACUAUAAAAAUAUUUUUGAUAAACAGUUCCUAAAGAGCACUGUUCAGAAAGACAGGUUUGCACCGCGAGCUUUACAGGGAGAGAAUGUCUCCGGGAGAUGAGAACUUGGUCUGCCUGAGGGUCCAGACACCCACCUGCAUCUGUGCUUGGUUUGGCUCAUCCGACAGAGAAGAUGGCUCAGUUCUGACCUUGUUGUUGCUACCACGACCUCGUUUUCCCAAACCAGAACUCAGAUCCCAGUGGAGGGUUUUCUUCUGCUUUAUACUGUCUCACAAAAGCAUAUACGUUAAACUGCACUCCAGAUAGUCCUUUAUGGAGAAGUAAUGAAAUUACUUAAAAAUGAAAAAUUCAGGCACCAUUAAUAUAAUAUUUGAACUUCUGGUAAAUCUAGGGCACACAUUCACUGUCAAAUAACCAAGGAGGCUCUUUCUUACAGGGGAAUUCUCUCAGAAUAGUGCUUCAGAUCCCAGCCGGACACCUUUCUCCUAAAAAUCCAGGCCACCUUCCUGCUCCGCUCCAGAAUGUCCUGCCUUUGUGAAGGUCCUAUACUCCAGGAAGAGUGGGUAGCAGUAUUUAUCCCAAACAACAAAGCUGCCUCUCUGCUGGCAGCUGUACCCGGGGGAAAUCCUCUGCCGAGCCACCCUGGGGCCUUGGCAGGCCUAGUGGGGGAACAGCAGGGCUGCUUGCCCUGUGAGGUUUGCAAGAACACACUUCUCACCUUGGGCAGCCCUGCCUGUGAGAAGCUGGAGGCUCAGAAGGCAGAGUUUAUGGGCCAUGCAGCAUGGAUGGGGUGCGGAGAGGUGCCUCUGCCCCAUACAGGUAGAAGUAUCUCAGCUGUUGCAAUUCCUACAGCUGCAGUGUAUUAGGCAGGAAAUGUAGGCUAACCUCAGAUUGCUUUUGGUGGGGUUUUAUUUCUCCAGGGAGAAUGGGGAGUACUGUUGGAAGAGUGGAAGAGGCACAGGAGCGAGCUACAUGUACCACAGACCCUUGGUCCCUCCAGUAGACUCCUCUGAGCUGGGCCUGGCUCCAGCCUCUUCUUCCCGGGACGGCCUUUACCCUGUGCCCAGGCUGAGCUGCGUGCAGAACCAGCAUGCACCCAGGAUGCGUGUGCAGUGGGGUCUGGAGCAGCCAGGACCAUCAGCUGAUCAGCACGGAAUUGGGCUGUGACAGUUAAAAUGCAAACACUUAUAAUUUGGCGGGGUUUUUUUACUUCCAAAAGAGAAGAACUGCCCUUAGCCCUCCUUUCCUGUUGUUUCAGGAAGAGAGGGGAGGUGGCUGGCCAGAAACAGCCAAGCUGUCCACUGUAGGCGGGCUGGGCUUGGCGGUGUGAGUGGACAGCCUCUCUGUCCAGAGCUGCCUGCCUCUCCCCCUCAGGGGAAGGCAGGCUCCACCACCAGGUAGUUAAAACCACUAGCAAAAGUCUGGAGAGUCCUGCUUUUGAAGAUAGGUCCCACCUCAGGCCUGGCUCUGAGGAUCGUCACGAGGCACUUUCCUGAACAGCAGUUUGAGCGGAUGCAUACAACAGCCCAGCUUCCCAAGGACAUGGUCACAGAGGGUUUAAGCAAAAUUAAGAUUACUCAAUCUGGCUACCUUGCUAUUUCCUGUGGGCUUUAUAGGCUCUUCUCCUGUUUUCGUUACCCCUCACAUCCAGUUCUUUCCUCAUCUACAUGUAAAAUGAAAUUGGUUUCAGUUGAAGAAAAAUCAAAAUGUUAUCUUGCUUGCUGUGCCCCUUUAUUAUCCAGACAGCAACUCUGCUGUGGGAAAACAAGGAGGUGGUGUUAACAUCAGGUCACCUUGACAAGUGGCCGCUGCUCAUAAAUGUCAUGAAACAAAAACACUUAUUUCCCGGAAGUAGCAUUUAGCAGGGGAAACAUAAAUUUAUGAGGUUAAUUUGGUCAACAGACCCUUGGUAGGUUCUCACUGUGUGCCAAACACGUAUGCAGGGAGUUUGGGUGAAUCCUGUGAUCAUUAGGAUUUGGGCUGUUAUGGAAAACCGGUUCAUUAACAACCAUCGGGGGUGUGAGCCCAAAUGAAAUGAUGGUGAACAGCAAGGAGGCGGUUUCCCAGGGUGCCGAUGGGCAGGACCUGUUGCUGAGGAUGUGACACACCUCUGGUGAAGACAGGUUGGGAGGAGCUGAGUCCAGCAGCGCCCGCCCCCGCCACUGGGCAGGGAGGGCUUUGCAGUGGGGAAGGCCCAACUCUCUGCUUGAAAAAGAGAGGGAGUUGGGGUGGGAUGGGCCGGUUGGGCCCUCCAAUGUCUCAGAGCAGAGCAGACUUCAGUCACCCCGAGCCCAGGAUCAGGCUGCCAGUGGGAAGGGGGGAGCCACAGGAUUGAGGCAGAAGCCUGGCUCUGGUCUCAGGACCUAGUGAGUGUUGGGGGGACACAGAGAGAGAGUCCUUAAGGGGACACUUCAGAUUUUAGGGCUGGCAGGGGGGCGUAGAGACACAGCUCUGGAUCUCAGGCUUGGUGAGGCAAGGACGGUCAGUGUGGGGCCCCUCUGUGCAUCAGAAUUCCUGGGAAGCUGUGUUUUCAAUGUACGUGUCACCCAGACCUGUCAAAGUAGCCCCCAUGUAACUAUAGUCCCUCAGUGCCCCAGGCUCUCCCUCUCCCCGCUCCCACACACACUCGCUGGAGUUAGAAUCUCCCAGAGGGGGUAUCCAGCCAGAUCUGAGGUUCCUAAGCUGAAUUCAGAUGAUGAUGGUGGAAGCCAGGAUGGGGCUAAAAUUGUCCAGUGAUUUGCGAACCGGGCUUGGAAUCACUGACACUUAAGGUAUGGACAGAAGGAGCUACAGACAGCAACUGAUUUAGAAAAAUCACUGAGCAUAACUUCCCUGUUCAAGAAGAGUGGUGCUUAGCUCACGGCCAGGCCAGAGCAGGCUCGCUCACACCCAGAGACGGGGGUGGGAGGAAUUCAGCUCAGCAUUCGCUCCCAGGUCACACGGUAAAGUUUGGUUUUCACGGGGUGACCAUUAUGACACCCACAGCUUAAAAUAAGUGUCUUCCCUGUUGAAGGCAGUUGUUACAAGUGAGAUGCAUCUAGUUUUGCCUUUUGGCUUUGUUGGUAAAUCAUUCCAGAGCUCAUUGGGAAAAGGAUGAAAUGAAUGUUGAGUAUACAUGUUCGCUUUAAAACCGCGGAUGUGGGGAGUUCCCGUCGUGGUGCAGUGGUUAACGAAUCCAACUAGGAACCAUGAGGUUGCGGGUUCAAUCCCUGCCCUUGCUCAGUGGGUUAACGAUCCGGCGUUGCCGUGAGCUGUGGUGUAGGUCGCAGACUCGGUUCGGAUCCCGCGUUGCUGUGGCUCUGGCAUAGGCCGGUGGCUACAGCUCUGAUUAGACCCCUAGCCUGGGAACCUCCCAUAUGCCUCGGGAGCGGCCCAAGAAAUGGCAAAAAGACAAAAUAAAUAAAUAAAUAAAUAAAAUUUAAAAAAUAAAAUAAAUAAAAUAAAACCGCGGAUGUGGUUAAGAUCCUUUCAGCAGGACCGGGAAACAUCUUUAAAUUGUUUAAGUUUCGUAACAUUAGGGAAAAUACAGAGAAGGAUACAGAGGUAAAGUGCCUGGGUUUCCUUCAUGGAAUUGUGCUUUCCUUACUGUCCUCAUAACAGCAGGAAAAGCAAAGCAUGCUGGAUCCCACAACUAGGGGGAAGGAUUUCUUCCCAGAGGCCGUGUCCCCGACUAGCCAGAGUCUGUCCCUCCUCUGGAGUCUCGGUUGAGUCAGGAGGUUUGCCCUCUUUCUUAGGGGAGUGCCCUGAAAGAUCCCCACAAACCGAGCCUUGAAGACAAGAGUGCAGUGGGUCCCCAGCAGACACGGGGUGAGACAGUCACCUGUGUUCUCCAGAGCUGCGUCCCACCAGCCUUCAGUGACUGAAGAGGGGACAUGAUGCUGUCUGUCUCGAGUGCUCAAGGAACCGCAUGUCCGCCCAAGACUUGCUCUCAUUGUCCCACAAGGCCCUGGCGGACACCCCGUCCAUGACCUGGGACCUGUCUGGGGUUUUGCCUCUUGCAGUUCACCAUAACUCAAGCCAUUUUUUUCUUCACUCUGACUUGAAGAAGAGGGAAGAUACUUUAUGACAAACAAAAAACAAAGAAACUUUGAACUUCAUGCAAACUUGAGUAUUAAAUUCAGAAGGAGUCAGUGCUGUUGGAGUCUCUCAAUCCUCUAUCCCAGGCUUUCCUACAUCUUCCCGCUGAAUCAUCCCCAUGCAGAUGCACAGAAGGCAGAGGUUUGACAGCCUGAAAGGAGUGACUUUUUCAGAAACAGCAAACUUGGGGAAGUUUUGCUGGUGGCCCAGAGGCAGUUGCCAGAGUGUGCGUGCUCAAGCCAAGGGUGGCGUCCAGCUCAUCAGUAAGCGCCUUUACAAACCACACACAUUCUUUCUUCUCUGGAAAAGCCGAGAGCUGGAGGAUGUCAUUAGCACCCUUUCUCAGCUGCAGUGGAGCCUUGAUGCCCUGGAAUACAGCUUCCAGGAUCCCCCACUCCUUUAAUGCUAGGCUGACACAGCUCAUUUCUCACCUGUCCACUCUGCUCCACUGGGGCAGGCGGCUGGGCAGGGAAGGGGCGUCAGUCAUCUGCAAGCCUGAUUGGCCUUCAUCAGCUCCUUACCCCUCCGCUGAUUUUCACCCUCUCUCCAGCGCUCUUUAAAACUACGGGCAGCUGUUGAGAGUUAGAGGUGAAUGUUCUGAGCAACUUUUUACAAAUUUAACCCAACACACAGCGAACUCUCAUUUGCUUUCAGAAUUAUCCUUCACCCAUCAUUAAGUCCAAGUAUAUUUAUACUAUGUCUUAUUGAAGGACUUUUCUAGUGUCUGGGUGGUCCUGAGCCAAGAUGUUUGUGAAAACAGAAGGGGGAAAGGGCUUGGUAGAAUAUCACAUCCCAAGCCAUCCCUCUCCCUUCAGGUGAGUAAGGUGUUCCUAAGCAGAAAGGCUAACUGCCUACUGCCAGCCAGAAUGCUGUGUGGACCAGGUCACUAGGGGUGGCCAGUGCCAGGGUCCCAGCCCCUUUGCUGAGUGCCCAGCUUGGGGUAACACAUGCCAUCCUGGAGAGAAAUGGAGAAGGCACUAUGUCCGCUCAUCCCCUGGCAGCCCAGGCCUGUCUUGUUGCCCCAAGUGAAGGAGGGGUGCCUUUGACCCAUGCUUGGGGCCAGAAUCUGGGAUCUUAAGCUGAGAAUGGAAGGCAGGGUCUACUCCUGAGUGGCAGUGGCUCUGGUGAAGGAAACUUGACCAGUGUGACUAUAGAAACAGGAAAAGACUCCAAGCUAGAAAUGCUGUUGGGACUACAGGGAACACCAUCACUUAAUGGAACAGUUCUGCUCCUGUACAAGGGGAGUUGGUCCAAGUCCUAGGCCACAUAUGUCACAAUUGUUUUUGACCCUCAGUAGCUUUUAUACUCAUGUAAAAUAUUAAAGUUACCCCUUUCAUAUUUGGGUCCUUCAGAGCGCUCCACUUACUCUGGGCUCCUGCUAACUAUGCACAACAUCUCAGAAGAUGGCAUACAAAACUAUUUUUCUAACUGUAGCACAGGUAAUUUGGGGUGGGAGGCUUGGGAUGUACCUAAAUGUGGCAAAUGAUGUACUGUCCACCUUGAGGGAUGAAAGGGAAACUGUGCACUUGAGUUUAAUUCACCAUUGGAUAGCUUGUGCCAGACAGAACACACAUCAAAUAUCCAAGAAGCAAAAUUGAUCAUUAGCUUAAUUUGGGGGCUUACUCUAGAGGGGUUACCUUGUCUAGAACACAGGCACCUGCAAGUAGAAUGUGAGCUGAUUUCUUGGCAGUCAGAUCUUAGCCCUUUGAACUGUUCUGGGCAGCACAACUCCUAGGUCCACAUGGUUGAUGUAAGUAUCAUUAAGUAGUGAAAUUGUCUGGUAUAUAUCCUAUAUGCCAAUAGUGUAUACCUGUAUGUGUGGGAUUUGCUAAUAUAACCAUUUCAAUAAAAACCUAUUGAAAAAGA